CCUUCAGAACAUCGCAGUGGGUCUUUAGUUGAGUAAGACCCAACAUUCGAGCAACACCUUCUCUUGAAUCACUGCGAUAUGAUCCAAUUGUUCAGUUAAUACUUAUUCAUAAAUUGUUCUUGUGAACCAGUGAGAUGAGGGGAAAAUCGAGGGGUUGCAUCACCCCGUGGAUUGUUGUGGGUGUUUUUCUUGGGGUCGCAUGUGCGAUUUACGAUCCGCGGGAGGCGACUGUGAAGCCCCCACUGAGGAGAGAGCCGAUUCCUUGGUACUCCGAUGCCCAAAAAUCGAGACCUCCCCCGCCGUUUCCCGGGGUGAAAACAAAAGCUCCGGGGAGUUGGGAGAAAAUUCCAGGGAGCGAUCUGGAGUUGAGUAAAGGAGGGUCCCAGGGGAAUAAUGCUCCUUUUGAGGAGUUCGAGGAGGAGGAUCACAUACGGCAGGACACUGACAAGGGACGGAAGGGAAUUCCGAAGGAGCAAAGUGUUUAUGAAGGAGUCACUGACGAUCUAAAUAAACCCAGAAAAGAAUCAAUAAAAAAUACUCCAAAGACUCAGGCUCCGGUGGUCGCAAAAUACGAUGAAAAACUAGGGGUUGAAUGCCCCUAUCCCGAGGCGAAUGGGCAGUUUGUCUACCCCCCAGACUGUAAGUUCUUUGUGAACUGCUGGAGAGGAAGGGCCUUCGUUCAGCCCUGCGCUCCAGGCACUCACUUCAACCCAGAGACCCUUGAGUGUGAUUUUCCACACAAGGUGAAGUGCUACGGAGGUGAAGUCGUUGAUUUUUCCGCCCCAGAGAGCCCCGAUCAUGAGGUCCUCGAGCCAAUGGCUAAAGACUUCACUAGUGCCAAAUUAAAUCAGGUGCAGCCGAAAUGUCCAGAGCAGCUGAGUGGACUUCUAGCGUAUCCAAGCGACUGCAGAAAAUUUUUACUCUGUUCAAAUGGAAUAACUCACGUUAUGAUUUGUGGCCCAGGGACUGUAUUCAGUCCUACGAAGAGUACUUGUGAUUAUCCUGCUAAUGUACCCGGCUGCGAAGAUGCUCCUGAAGUCAACCAAGGAGUCCAACUCUCCAACUCUGACGUGAGAAGCCCUUCUCCAGGUCAAGAGAAUUUUGAUGCCACGAAAAAUGCGAAAAGUCACCAGUGGGGACAACAACCUCCUCCAGAGGCUCCUUCCUCCAGUUAUACCCAACAAAUUUCACAGCAACCCACUCGUCACAUUAUUCAAACGGUGAAAUGUCCGAGUGAUUUCACUGGAAUGUUGCCGCAUCCCUCAGAAUGCAAGAAAUUUCUUCAGUGUACUCAUGGCAUUGCUUAUAUUAUGGAUUGUGGCCCGGGAACGGUGUUCAACCCUAGCAUUAGCGUCUGCGACUGGCCUUACAAUGUUCCGGGAUGUGCAGACAAACCGAAGCCGCAAACCCCACCUGCAGUUUCCCCGACCACUUCCUGGGGAUCAUCCAGGCCCUGGUCACCAGGAUCUUCCCAAAUUCAACACGGGAAAGCCAACAAUCAGUGGGAAUCAACGCAUUCAUCACAGGGAUCAACCCGGUGGACCCCAAACACGUACCCCAGUGGAGUAAAUCGUCCAGGGAAUCAGUACCCCAGUGGCAAUCAGCAUCAGCAUCAACAUCAACAACAUAAUUAUGAUCAGAGCCAUCACAGUAAUCAGCAGACUCAUGGAUUUGAUCAGACGUCUCAUCCAGGGUUUUAUCCAUCGCAUAAUCAGAAUAAUCAGCACCAGAACCAUCAGCACCACAACCAUCAACACCAGAGUUCCGGACGUGGAAAUGACUUCGUUGAAAACGUUCCUCAGAAUCCACAUCACAAUUAUCCUUCAGAUCAUCAGCAAGGACGCCCUCGGUGGGUUCCAAACGCUACCAAUGGAGGCUACCAACCCAGUACACAUGUAGACCCUCCCAAUUAUCCUGGUAGAGAUGGAAGAACAAAUCCUGGGUUCGCUCAUCCCGAGGGGAAUAUUUACGUGCAGUAUGGCAGUUAUCCUCCAGCUCCACUUGACUCUCAAAGCUCUAGGAGAGAUUGGGACAGCAGUACUGGGUGGCAACCGAGUUCUGGACCGUAUGGCAGUGGAGACUCUGCUCCUGCAGGGUCACAGCCGCAAGGGUGGAAUCUUCCCCCUUGGGGUAGGAGCGAAAGCCAGGGACCUGGGGCAACUGCACCCGAAGGGGGGAAUGUGUAUUCUCCGGACGAUAGACUCGAUCAGUGGCAGUCGAGGCCGAAUGUUAUCCAACAGGGGACCAAACGCAGGGAACAAAAUCGUAGAAUUGAUGAUUGGUCGAGUAAAACUACUGAUUCGUUCGGACAGGGGACCAACCGAGGGGGUCAACCGAGUUCAGGAUCGCAAGGCUCUAGACCCCAGUUUCCUGGAAUCUACGUGAAGGUAAAUGGAACAAUAGUUAAGGGCCACUACAUUGUGACGCACCCUGAGGUUCACCAGGGUCACUCCAACACUCGAGUCAAUAACAACACACCAUCGAAUUCUCCCACCGUACCUUCUACAUCGAAAUUCAAUAUCGAGAAUACGUACCCCAAGCAACUGGAGACCAGGUGGAAACCUGAAAACGCGGGGAAUCCCCCGAGCGUGGGGUAUGAAUGGAGCAAGUCGAACACUGGCGCCCCCACAGUCUCCAUUGACGAAAAUUAUGAUGAUUUGAAAAUCGAUAAAUCCACCGAGUACUCAGAUGGCGAUCAAUUAGAUACGGAUUUCAAGGUCGAUGUGCUGGAUGAGACGAGGGAGACCUGGAAACCCAAACUCGUAUUCGAGAAUAAAACGAAGAGCAAUAAUGAAUCAGUUAUCAUGCAUGUCAACAAGACAACUGUUGAUGCAGAUGUCUUCAAGGUGGAAGCUGCACCCUGGAUAGAAGAAGAACCAACAUUUCCGGUGUCUCAUCCACCUCCAGUUGAAUCUCUGAAUUCGUCUGAAGAGCAGAACCCUAUCCCUCAUUCAGGGCAGAUCAUUAGAUUAAGGGACGGUUUCAGUGGUAGAGACGGUUACGUUGAGGUUCAAGGAGCUGAUUCAGGUUGGGGAGUGGUUUGUGAUGUGAAGAAUGGAUGGACCUUGCACGAAGCGAAUAUAAUCUGCCGACAAUUGGGAUUUUCAAGAGGAGCUGCAACAGCAUGGCAAGGUCGUCCACCCGGUGACAAUAUGCCAUCUUGGGUGGCUGCCACGAGUGUCGACUGCUUCGGUAACGAAACAAAAUUCCAAAAAUGUAACUUCAUUCAUGGAAGUCACUGCAAUGUGGGUCGUGACGCUGUGGGCAUCACCUGUCGAGCUAAUCGAGUAGCCCACUGUCGCAAGGACGAGGUGCCCCAUGCAGGCAACUGCUACCACCUCGCCAAUCCUGACACCGGACUUAAUCAUGACGAGGCCCUGCAAUACUGCACAGAUAGACAGUCAAGACUGCUCGAUAUUACAAGUCAGGAUGAGAAUAAUUUCGUGUCUGAGUGGCUCAUGCUAGAUCAUCCCCAGGUGGAGACCGUUAUGACCGGUGGAAUCGGCUUCUCCAUGAUGAAUAAAACUAUUUGGAUAUGGGAAGACUCUGCAAAAGCUAAAUUCAAGUACGCAAAAUGGUGGCCAGGUUGGAGAGAGGACAGACCCACUCCCCCCUGGACUAGUUCCCGUCCUUCCUGUAUAAUAAUGAAGAAGAGUUUCCCCUGUUUCGACCGUCCGGACCAGAACUGCACCUCUGAAUACUUCUUCUGGGACGUGGAGGACUGCGCUUCCUCGUCCAAAGGUCACUCCUAUAUUUGCAAGAAAUCUUACGAGAACAUAAGUUGUGUGUACGGAAAGGGUCACCAGUACUCCGGUCACGCAAAUGUGACAGCUUCCGGGAGGACUUGUCUUCCCUGGAACGACCCAACAGUAGCCUACGCUCUGAUGGUCAGUGUUCCUGAUCGCGAUGUCCGACAUAAACUGAAGGAGCACAACUAUUGCAGGAAUCCCAAUCCAAUGCAGGAAUCGAGACCCUGGUGCUUCGUUGGAGCCUACGGGGAGAAGGAAUAUUGUGACAUUCCUACUUGUGGAAGUCUUGGACAAGCCAGAACUCCCCAGGGUGGUCAAUGCAAAAAAGGUCUCUUUGAGUGCCUUCCAGAGGAGUGCAUCCCCUCCCACUGGGUCUGCGAUGGCGAGGAGGACUGCACAAACGGUAAAGACGAAAAAUUCUGCUCACAGCAUUUAAAUUUCUUCGAAAAAACUGGGCAACACAAACUCCAGGGCUACGACGUGGAGAGAUGGCUCAACACACCCCCCAAAACUUGUGCAUUGCGAUGCAAGGAGGCGGAUUUCACCUGUCGCUCAUUCUCCCACAAGGCGGACGGUAACUUGUGUUUACUCAGUGAUCACAACGUGGGGAGCACUGGGGGCUUGGUUCCAGACGAGGACUUCGAUUUUUACGAGAUGAAUGAUCGUAAAAUGGACUGCUCAGAGAUGUUUGUCUGCAAAAAUAAAAAGUGCAUUAAUCAGGCGGAAGUUUGCGAUGGGAAGAACGACUGCAAUGAUAGGUCUGAUGAGAGUGUUUGCAAACUUGAGAAUCUGGAUUAUGGGAUACGACUGAGAGGAUCUGAAGCUCCCCAUGAGGGCAGAGUUGAAGUCAAGGUCUUGGGACACUGGGGACAAGUCUGCGAUGAUGGAUUCGGAAUGAUCGACGCCGAGGUGAUCUGCAAAGAGCUGGGAUUUAAUUUGGGUGCUCUAGAAGUGAGACCAGGAGGAUUUUUCGGGAACAUGGAUCCCCCGAAUGUCUUUAUGGUCGAUCAGUUGAAAUGUCGAGGAAAUGAGACUUCUCUGAGGGAGUGCGAUUUUAACGGCUGGGGCAUCCACAACUGUUCCCCCGAAGAGGCGGUCGGCGUCGUCUGCAAGACAGCGCAGAACACCUGUAAGGAUGGCGAAUGGAAAUGCGAUAACAGUCCUGUGUGCAUUCGAACCCCAUUCAUCUGCGACGAAGUCGUAGAUUGUCCGGAUGGAUCUGACGAGAGUCCUCUACAUUGCGAGGUGCCUUUCGAAAUUCGUUUGGUGAACGGCAGUCGUUCUACUGAAGGCAGAGUAGAGGUGAGACAUCAUGGAGUUUGGGGAACAGUCUGCGAUGAUGAUUUCACUCAUGCAGCCGCCAGAGUUAUCUGCAGGGCUCUGGGGUAUGGAGGGAGUGCUGUUGCGAAGAAAAAUGGUUACUUCGGCGCCGGGGAUGGUCCAAUUUGGCUGGAUGAGGUCAUUUGUCAAGGGAAUGAAACCCAAUUAUACCGUUGUGAACACGAUCACUGGGGCGAGAGUAAUUGCAACCACGACGAGGACGUUGGUGUGAUAUGUCAAGAGGGGCCGAUCAGUUUCGACGAGAAGAACGACGACAAUCUACCGGAUAUUACGAUCAAUGAAAUUCUACCAGCUGAAUGUGGCAAGCGGCUCGAAGAUUUUGGUGAGGGGGAUAAAAUGUUCGAGAGGGUGGUAAGGGGCUCGGUUGCAGCCAAGGACUCUUACCCGUGGCAGGCGAGUUUAAGGGUCAGGGGUCACAGCCGAUCAAACCACUGGUGUGGGGCUGUCAUUGUGUCCCCUCUUCAUGUUUUAACAGCGGCACAUUGUCUGGAGGGAUACAAUAAGGGCACGUACUUCGUACGUGCUGGAGAUUACAAUACUGAGAUCAAUGAGGGAACCGAAGUGGAAGCAAACAUAGAGGACUACUACAUCCACGAGGAAUUCCGUAAAGGUCAGAGAAUGAACAAUGACAUCGCUCUGGUGCUGUUAAAAGGCCGGGGAAUUCCGCUGGGUGAGCACGUUAUGCCAAUUUGUUUGCCACCGAGGAAUGCCGAGUAUCCCGGCGGACUCAACUGCACGAUCAGUGGAUUUGGAAGUAUUCAGAAUGGAAGAUCAGCACACUCCAGGGAUUUGCGGUUUGGCUGGGUGCCAUUGAUCGAUCAAAACGUUUGUAGAGCUGAUUAUGUUUAUGGACAUAACAGGAUAACUGAUGGAAUGGUUUGCGCCGGGUAUUUGGAUGAGGGAGUUGACGCUUGUGAUGGAGACUCUGGGGGGCCAUUAGCUUGUUAUAGAAACGGGGCUUUUACACUGUAUGGUAUUACCAGCUGGGGCCAGCACUGCGGCGAAAUGAAUAAACCAGGGGUUUAUGUGAGAAUAUCUCAUUACCGAGAUUGGAUAGACAAAAAAAUUCAAGAUUCUCUUUCAGGGCGGUGAGGCAAAUUUCGUCGGAGAUAGAAAUAUUUGUUAUUAAUUUCUCGAAUUUCGAUUCCAAAGAUGAAGACGUAUUAAUUUUACUGAAAGUAUAGAUCAAAUUGAAUAAUAAAAAUAUUUUUAUUGACUA